AGCGAAACCCAGUAACGGGAGGAGGUGCACCAUGAGGAGGAGCGGGCGGGAUGACAAGUGGGAGGAGGGGGAGGAUGUCGAAGAAUGGCAGGAAAAGGAAACCGACAACCAGGAGUGGAAGGAGGAGGGGGAAGACGACAAGCGGGAGUGGUAGGAAGAGGACGACGAGCGGGAGCAAAAGGACAAGGAAUGGGAGGUGGAGGAACGGGAAGAGGAGAGGUGAAGCAGGAUGAGUACGAGGAUGAGCAGGAGGACGAGGAUGGUCAGGAGGGAGGGGCUCGUGGCAGACGGGCUCCUUCUCUUCGCACCUCCAUUGUGAAGAUCACCAACACUGCUGCACUGCAGUCGUCUGCCACAGGUGCCAAAAAUGGCUCAAGAAAGUCAAGUCUGGCGACAGGCAUGCCUCCAAGCUUCUUCUCGCGGGGGGAAAGUGACAAACUUGUUGGCGGCGGCAAGAAGGGGUUGUCAGAGGUCGACGAUGAGGGAUUGAUGAGGGGAAGGGUCACUGGCCAUGCUCAAGGGCCUGGAGAGGCGGAAAUGAAACUUCUUAGCCAAAGACUGGGAGUGCGGGCAAAGCAGGUGCGGGGACAACUAUCCCCAUCUCCCUCCUUCAGAGCAGCGAUGCUGGCCCAAGGAGCGGGAGAUGGUCGGCGUACAUCUGGAGGCAGCGGGAUGCGUGGAGGAUCUCCACUGCGGCGGCUACUGAGCGGAUUGCACACUCGCAACCCUGGCAGUGGGCAUAGCUCCUUUUCCAUCCCAGGUAGGCUUGGGUUUACAGGAGAGGUGAUUACGGAGUCGGAUGGUGAGUUCAUGGCCAUGGUCGCAAGCAUACAGAGUAAGGACGACAAGAGGGGUGCAGACUCCAGGGAAGAUGGCAGCGGCGGAUCCAUCUUUGCCUCCAAGCGGAAGGUCGAGGCCACUGUAGAACCACCCAUUAAUGUCCAGUCACUUCCGAUAAUCAAGCAGUGUUGAGAUCUGAAAAGAAAUGGAGCGAUCUUGAUAACAAAUGGCGCGUUUACGU